AUGGACUCUACCAGCAAUCAAUCCAGAUCUACAGGAGCUACAGGCCCGAUCCGGCGCUUUGUUCAUCGAUCGCCGUUGCAAGAGGGCAAAACCUUUCAUGGUCAUACCAUUCUAGCCACAACCACUGAUCCUGCGUUUAAAGACAUCAUACGUAUAAAAACAAAUGGGAACAAGAUCAUGUAUGCUAUCAAUGUGCGUGGCUCACUUGAAGACGGAUUUCAGCGUCAGGUGAACGGUCACCUCCUGGACGACCUACCGCCAGUGGCAAAUGAGGAUGAAAAGUGCUUUUGGUUGGAACGUCAUGAUGGAGAAGACUCAGCAUUCAAGCCGUGUACGGCCGGUACACCCAAAAUCUGUGACCAAGUGCCAUAUAACAACGUGGGUAACCCCGUCCCGGUUUAUGAUUACAUAUCGUUUGAGAAGGUUCCCUCAAGGGUUCCCUCAGCCCAGAGGAACCUCGGUCGUUGGACUGAGAGGGCAUGCGUAGUGACGCAUCCUUACGUUGAGGGCAAAAUGGCUAUGCGCAUCGUCGAGUUCCCUGAGUGCCUCCACGAUCACCCGCUGACCAAGCUUGAAGAGGACCGACUGUCUGGCAACGCCAUCACACUCAUGUUAAACCCGGAGCCAAGAAUAGAACCGACCCAAAGUCAAAGAAUUUUUCAAGAAAUCGAAAUCUAUAUCUUAAUGUCUACAUUCUUCAUUGCUCCUGAAAUGGUUGGGCUCGUGAUGGAAGAGGGCCGUGGCAUCAUUGGUCAAAGAUGGACUGGAGAGGAAGAAGCGAAUGCCGACAUUUGUGAGGCUCUUCAAUUAGUCGCACGAAUGCAUGAAUCGGGCAUAAUCCACGGAGAUCUUCGCUCUGCAAGUAUUGUCAAGCAAACUGAUGAGAGUAUGUACAUUAUAGACUUCGAGACCGCGUAUUAUUUGGGCAAAGGCGACCUCUCUGACGAAGAAGAAGAUGUUGUGAAACAGAAAGAAUAUUCUGAAUUUAGUGGAGUGUUAACCCAGUUGCUGACGGCCGCAAUGAAUCGAUGGUAG